AUGGUGUUACCAAUGUUGUUUGCUCCUCUGUUGUGCCGUAUAAUCGUCAUUAGAAGAGGUGAGAGUCCUCUCCAUCUUACUCCACUUCCAGCCGGAACUUGUUCUUAUUGCUGUCCUAUUGACUUGGAACGUGACAUUGAGUUUCUACUGUUCACUAGACGGAAUCCAAGUUGUGGCGAUAAGUUGAAUAUUUCGGAACCCUUUUCACUGAGGGCUAGUAAUUUUGACGACAGAUUUCCAACAAUAAUUUUCAUUCACGGAUACAGUGAGAGCGUGUUGGAAGGAAGUGCCAGUGCAAUUCGAAAAGCGUAUCUGAAACGAGGCGAGUACAAUCUAAUCAUGGUGAAUUGGUCGAAAUUGGGAGGCCUGCCAUGGUACGUGACAGCAGUUCGAAACACUAGGAUCAUAGGACCUAGGGUAGCUCGUUUAGUGAAUUGGUUGGAUGCUCAGGGUGCUGUAUCCUUAUCCAGCUUGCAUGUAAUUGGAUUCAGUCUAGGCGCUGAAAUUGCUGGUUUUAUGGGAAAGGCAUUGGCACCGAGAAAGGUUGGAAGAAUCACCGGACUCGAUGCGGCUUAUCCUCUGUACAUGUACACUGGCAGAGAAGGACAUCUAACGGCGUCAGACGCGAUGUUCGUCGACGUGAUUCACACCGAUGGCGGAAAUUUCGGAUUCCCCAAUCCUUUGGGCCACGCAGACUUUUAUCCAAACGGUGGAAAACCCGUUCAACCUGGCUGCAGCGCGGGAAAUGUGAUAAGCAGGAGCUUUUCGCGACUCAUGAGAGCGUACAUCACUUGUGGACACAAUCGAGCUUGGAUGUACUACUCAGAGUCGGUUACAAAUCCUUUUGGAUUUCCUGCCAGUCGCUGUCCAAAAUGGCACCCAAACAUCAGAGCAAACUGUGUAUGGACCCCUGACGUUUUAAUGGGAAUCGCGGUAAGCAGCAGGGUCAGGGGAAAGUUCUACUUGAGGACAAAUGCAGACGCACCCUUCGCUAGAAACACCACUGGAUACAUUUGGAAAUGA